AGACGCAGGAGGAGGAGAGACUGCUAUAUUUUUCCAACUCUGAAGAGAUUUACCUCUACAUACCUAACCAGUUGACGACAUCUCCAAUCUUACUCAUCUGAAGAAGAUAAAUUAAAAUAAAAACCAAUUAACAUUACGAUUGUAGGCAGCAGCAGCUCGAGGAAACUGAGGUUUCAGCAACAGGCUGCUGAUUCAGGGGAUCCAUCCUGGUUUAUUCCAGCUGUUUCCAUGGACUCUGUUUUGAGCUGCAAACCAGAAGACUUGGAGGAUUAUUACGGCUUACUGGGAUGUGAUGAACUGUCCUCGACAGAGCAGAUUCUCAAUGAAUACAAGAUCAGAGCUUUGGCAUGUCAUCCAGACAAGCACCCGGACAAACCAGGCGCAGUGGCAGAUUUUCAAAAGCUGCAGGAAGCAAAGGAUGUUUUGUGCCAUGAAGACAAAAGGAAAAACUACGACCUCUGGAAGAGAAGUGGCAUUACUAUUCCUUUCCAUGACUGGAAAGCCUUGAGUGAUUCUGUAAAAACUUCAAUGCACUGGGCUGUGAAAACCAAGAAGAAGCCAAUGCUGGAGGAAUCCAAAGCAGAAAGGCCCGUCAUUUCCCAUGCGGACGAGAAUCGCUGUGAGCAGGAGGAAUCAGCUGUGCUAUCUUCAGGUGAUUACUACCAUCGACGUUUCCGCUGGGCUGCUGACUCUCCAUCGGGUCUGCUGCAGAAGUUCAGAAACUAUGAGAUAUAAACAUAAUACCAGUUCCUCUUUGUGUACAUGUUUGUGUUUUAGUGGUGUCAAAUAUUCAGUGUGGGCACUUUUAAAUGGUAGUUUUUGUCUUUGUCUGAUUGUGAUGUCACGAAACACCAAAGAGAAGAAUUGUGAGCUGAGUUUUUCUAAUUAAUUUGUUAAACACCAGAUUACAAGACGUGGAUAAUUUAUGAUGUAAUUUCAUGUGUUCAGUCUUAAUGUUCAGUCCAAAUACAAUCUCGGUAUUUUGAUGUUGUGGAUUUGAACUGAAUAUCUUUUAUUGUGAUUGUGUAUUUUAUGUUUUUAGCUUGAAAAUAAGUUGAAAUGUUCAAUUUUCCUACAACUGUGAUGUUGUGUCGCCUCACUACACCUGCAGUGGAUUUUAUUAAAAUGUGCCACCGACUUGUGUUUGCAUAGACGCCGGAUGUGCUUUUAUCAGAGUUUUUUGUAAACAAGUGGUCAGUAAGAAAAUACAUUAUUUUCUAGACAUUGUAAAGAUGUUUGUGUCAAAUAAGUUUUGUUCUAAAUGAGGAAUGGUACUCUGGCUUCCUCCUAUAGUAAAAAACCAUGUAUGCCUGGUUAAUUAGUGAUCCUAAAUUGCUAUUGCUGAAUGAGUGUUUGUGGUUAUUUGUGUUUAUGCAGCCUUGUGAUGGACUGGCGACCUGUCCAGAGUGUGGUGAAAGUUUCAGGCUUCUGAUAGAUAUAAUAAAUGACAUUGCAAUGUUAAAAUAAGACAAAAUAAAAAUUAAAAUGUU